UUGGUCAACUGGAAAAAUAAGUGACAGUAUUCCCUGUUUUUUUAUGGACAUCAACAACGAUCUUAAAAGCAGUAACAAAAACCGACUAUUUGUUUCUUUCCGACAGCAGCCGAAAAUGGAGGCGAGGAAGACCGCCACCGCCACCGCCUCCGCCUCCGCAUCCACUGCCCCCGGCACCAACCGUGCCGAAGCCGAACGCCUUCUGGGCAUCGCAGAGAAGCUCUUGCAAAGCCGCGAUCUCGGCGGCUCUAAAGACUUUGCCGUCCUGGCCCAAGAGACGGAGCCACUUUUGGAAGGCUCCGAUCAGAUUCUGGCCGUCACCGAGGUUCUCCUCGCCGCCGAAAAGCGUAUCAACAACCACCACGACUGGUACGCCAUCCUCCAGAUCGAGCGCCGCUGCGAUGACCUCGAUCUCAUCAAGAAGCAGUACCGGCGACUGGCCCUGCUCCUCCACCCGGACAAGAACAAGUUCCCCCUCGCCGACGCCGCCUUCAAGCUCGUCGCCGACGCGUGGGCCGUCCUCUCUGACGCCGCCAAGAAGUCCCUCUACGAUAAGGAGCUCAGUCUCUUCUCGAAGAUCGAUUUGGUCUCUCUUAAGCAGAGGCCUCCGCCUCCGCCUCCGCCACAACACGAUCAGCAGGCAAAAUUGCCGGUGCGGCGGAGCACCAGAAGCUGCAGCAAGAAGAGGGCGUUCGAGGAAGAGACGAAUGUUGACGACGACGAUGAUCACCACAACCAGCGCCAAGCGAGGUUGUCCAGCUUCUGGACGGCGUGUCCGUAUUGUUAUAUAUUGUACGAGUACCCUAGGGUUUACGAGGGGUGUUGCUUGAGGUGCCAGAACUGUCAGAGGUCUUUCCAUGCCGCUUUGAUUCCUUCUCCGCCGCCGACUGUACCCGGCAAGGAGGCCUACUAUUGUUGCUGGGGGGUCUUUCCUUUGGGGUUUGCGGUGUCUAAUUCGGAGGGUAAAAGCUUUGCGGCGGGGUUUCCCAACUGGAUGCCCCCAAUAUUUCCGAACUCGCAGCCGGCGUCGGAGAAUCCGGAUAGUUUUGUGGAGGUCUCCGAUGGGAGUGCUUCCGCGGAGUUGGGGAAUAGGAGGAGGGGUAGAAGCGCUAGGUGAAUUUGGGGGAAGAAGUGUGGACGGAGGGUUUUGGGGGGUUUUGCUGGUGCAUUUAGACAUUGAUUUUGCGGCGGCUCUGUAAAGAGAAAUGGCGAAAAAUGCACUGGGAUUUCGCAAAAUUAAGUGACAAGGGAUCGAAUGUAAAUUGGGUUUGAGAAUUUUGUGCUGACACUGGCAGGAAGAAGAUUGUGAGGUGAUGGAAUGGAAUGGGCUCUUGCUAUUUAGAAGCUUGGUGAACUGAUCGAGCAAUGACCCGAAUGGGGCAAAUCGGAGAAAGGAUGAAGCCGCCCCUGUUUCGCAGUGUAGGUGCUGCUGUUGUACUUACUGUUCUUUGUUAAUUGUUAAUGUUCAUGUUCUUGUUUGUAGAUUAAGAUUCUAGAUUAUGUUGCCUGACUAACUGCCUCAUAGUUGAUAUGUAAUUUGUAAUUUGCUGCAAUUUCAUUUAAGAAAAUUCCCACUA